AUGGUGCGCAUUACCGAAGCAGAGCUUGUUCGCAAGAUUGGACGGGCUGAGCGUGGUAGACGUAUGCCUUACCUCAGUGCUGUAUGCGAGUCGAUGGGCUGGCCCAUUAUUUCCGAAGGCGUCACCGAAUAUACCAAAGGCUUAAGAACCAAUUGCUAUACGAUUAAGGAUGAGCGAUAUACAACAAGUCUGGCCAUGUCUAAGGAACUUAAUAUGUUGGCGAUUGGCUCAGCGUAUAAGCAAACGGCAGGUGGAUACAAUUUAUACUUCGUACGGGACACGCUUGAAUCGAAGGCAUUGUCUACUAUGGGACCACGCUUUGAGCAUACACAAGUGGAAAAGAUGGAUAUUCCAAUCCAUGCUCUCGAUUGGACCGGUUCACACUUAUUGGUUGGCUCAAGAAAUGGCAUCACUCAGUUAUACGCUGUGCGUCAUGAUGAUACUACGGAGAACAUGCUACGCCUUAUCCUCAUUGCAGAAUACACGGCACCUCCAAAACAGUUAUCCAUGGUGGGCCAAUACGUUCCCAGCAAUUAUCCUAUCAACAGCAUCAUCCAUUCAGCAUCCUUUGCACCGCUUUAUUCACCUGAAUAUGUGUACGAGCAAUGGCAGCCAAUGGGCCAAUUUGGAACACACGCUACCGAAUCAUCUGGAAAUGCAUCGACAUGUUUCCUAUCAAGCUUUGGUAACCAUAUCAAUAUUUGGGAUGCUCUCAGUGAACAAAAACCAGCAUUAUCCUACAAGGUCGAUGAAACGCCCAUGAAUGUUGCCAAUUGGUCACCCCAUGCUCCACAGACAUUGAUUGUCACUGGUGGAUGUGAUAAGGCUCUAAAGGUGAUUGAUACAAGAGUUCCUCCUUCAGCAGCUAUUGUGUGGCGAGCCGAGAAUGCCCAUUCAAGACCUAUUCGUGAUGCUCAAUUCAACCCGUUUAUUCCAUAUUGGAUUGGCACUGCAGGAGAAGAUUGCUUAGCCCAAGUAUUUGAUCUUCGUUCCACUUAUCAUGCACCCGUCGCAAGGAUUGCUGGACAAGAAAGUAUUGUUCGAUCGCUAUCAUGGUCGAACAUGCGGCCUGAGAACUUUAUGACAACAUCCAAUGAUGGCACCAUGCGCAUGUGGAUGCUUACUCGUGAUAGCGUGUCUGUGGCCGAUGCUCAUGCUCGUACUGCAAAAUGGAGUAAAAAGGAUACGCCACCUUCCAGCAUUCGACCUGAUCAAAAAGCGCUAUGGCAACGAUGGCUUAAUUCUUCAAUCCCAGCACCAUGGAGUGAGUACAACAAACAUCAGUAUUACGGCGAUGAGGAUGAUCCGUGGGGAAACAGCUUAUAUGGUGAACCCGAUACAAUGAUGGUGCCCAGUGCUAUUGGUAUUGGUGAAUGGGGUCGCCAGGAAAACUUGCCUGUAUUCGUGGGUGAGGAUAUUGAGACUGCCAAUGGAGCCGUGUGUCGUGUCAUGGCGUCCAAGACCAAAAUAUCAGGCUAUUACGGGAUCACAAAUCGAGGUCAAGUGCUGGCGCAAACGAUUAGGUUGGAGGACCAUGAGAAUCUCAAAUUCAAGUUCAAAUUCGAUAAGAAAACGGAUCCAAUUGCUCGACAGCUUGAAUAUGACAUUUACGUACGGCAUAUUGAAGAUGCACGCCAAGAAUUGGAGAAGCUGAAACAGGUGGAGCUGCAUGAUCCUGAUCGAGCAAGAGAACGACACACGCAAGUGGACUAUUUUGAAGAUUGUAUGCAAGUCCUACCACCCAUCCCAAAAGAAUCAUGGGCCAUGGAUUCUAUACCGAGUGAAGCCGAAUGCAAACGAAGGCUAUGGACUGAUGAAGAUCGAUGGGAGCUGGCGGUAUCCGUUUUCCAACGGGAUCUUGAAUAUUGGACUUAUCGAUUACCUCCUGGAUAUGAAACUUUGAAUGGAUUUCCUUUGGAUGCCAAGGAUAUGACAGCCAACACAGCUGCCGAAGUUGAACGCCCUCUUUCAUUGACGCCUGAGUAUUCUGAUAACAAUGCUGAUUCAACACCACUUUCCACCUCACCUUCAGCACAAAAUGCAAGCCCUGUCAUAGGUGACGAUCAAAGCCUAUCACCAAAACCAUCGCAUGAAUCUUUGCGUUCACCAAGUCAUACGCCAUCAUUCAAGUCACUAGCAUCGUCAUUACGCAGCACACCUACUUCACCAACCAUAUCCUCACCUAGUGCUCAUUCAAAUCCUAAUUUGGAGACAUCAACAACCCCACAUCAACGCCACGGAUUACAACGUCUCGCUACUCGAAGUAAAACGCUGCGACGUAUGUUUACUAAGCGAUCCGGCAGCAAGUCAUCACCAACAUCAGCUACUGCUGAACAACAACAACCACCACCCCUACCAGCAAAAAGUGAACAGGAGGAAAAUGAAGUUGUUCCUGAUCCACCCAGAAGACAACGUACCAUUCGACGCAACGCCUUAUUUGGACCAUCAUAA